AUGCACUGCACGCGGAGACCAGCACAGCUACUGGCGCGCUCACUCGCCCAGCCACUCGCUCGCACCGCCCGCUCCUCUCCCUCACAUCUCGCCGUCCCGCAUCCGCGCUCCUUCUCCUCCUCGUCCGUUCACCUCGGCGUACGAGCAGCCCCUCGACCCGCCCGGCUAACCAAAGCGAAACCUUUACCGCCCGGCGCGCCAAAGACCGAGUUGUUCGAAUUGUGCAGGAGCAUCCCGGCGCUGAGGGCGAGGCCGACGUUGAUCAAUGAGGACUCGGCAAGGGAGAUCGUGCGGGACUGGGGAGUGCAUGAGAUGCAGGAUGUGACGGUGGUGGACUCGUAUGCCGGCGCGGGUGGAUUGACACGGGCUUACCUUGAGCUGCCGAACGUCAAGCAGGUGAUUGUCAUCGAGGAGGCGGUCCGCUACAUGGAGGCAUUCGACCCUCUGCUAGAGAAGUACGGCGAUCGCAUCAAGAUGAUCAAGACCGACCCGUUCCAGUGGGAAGCCUACACGGCGGUGUCGAAGGCAGGAUACCUCGACGACGUCCCGGUCCUUCCCUUCGAGCAGCCAAAUCCUCACCUCUUCUUCUCGUGCCAGUUGCCAAACAACAAUCACGGCUCGCAGCUGUUCUACCAGCUCAUCCUCGCGCUCAACGGCCAGAUGUGGUACUGGCAGAAGGGGCGGUUCCAGAUGGGCUUCCUCGGUCCUGCGUCGUUGUGGGAUAAAGUCAUGGCGACGGCAGGCCAGGAAGGCUACCACAAGAUGGCCGUGACCACCCGCGCGCUCGUCGAGAUGACCCGCACCGAGACUCGCAGCCACCUCCAGCCUCCCGAACUGCACUUUCACCGGCACGUCAACGACUCGUCCAACACGUCGCCUGUCAAGAUCACGGCGCGCAAGACGCCGUUGGUCGAGAACUUUGAUGCGCUCGACUACGUCGCCCGGUCGAUGUUUGCUGCCAGGUCGCAGCCGUGGCCCAAGGCGGUUGGGAUGGUCGCGCCCGGCGCGCAGAACCUCGUCAAGACGCUCGAGGCGACAGGCCAAAUGCCACCCCGGACGGCGGUCGUGACCGAGCUGACGAUGGACCACUGGAUCCUCAUUGCGAACGUGUUUGAGAACUGGGCGUUCAGGCCGCAGACGCUGUUUGACGAGUUGUCGUUUGGCGACGGGCAGUGA